UCCCCUCAUCUGCGCGCUCUGUGUCUCGCUUCGGACAAACUGCGGCGGAGCGCUGCAGCACCAAAAGUUUACCAAAUCAGUGUAGUGGUACCCGGCUCCGUGUCGGAGUGCUUCUGUGUUGGUUUUCCUGGGACUCCGAGUUUGGUGUUUGCUUUAUUUUUUACUGAUCUUUUUGCAGUUUAGCCAUGGAGACUCUUGGAGGUCUCCUCGCGCUGCUGUGCGUCGUUCUGGCAGGAGCGCAAACGCUGAACAUAAGAGCGAAGUUGGAGGAUUGUCCGGUUGACCUUUUCUUCGUGCUGGAUACAUCUGAGAGCGUCGCCCUCAGACAGAAGCCUCCCAACUAUUACAUCGACCAGAUCAAAAAAUUCACCAAUGACUUCAUAGAUGAGCUCAGAGAAAUGAGUCAUCAAUGCGGCCGCACCCUGAGGUGGAACUCGGGAGCUCUGCACUACAGUGACGAAGUCAAAGUCAUCCGCGGGCUGAGUGACCUGACCACACAGCGCGAGGCCCUGAAGGCCGACAUCCUUGGCAUCGACUACAUCGGCAAGGGCACAUAUACCGACUGUGCCAUCAGGAUGGGGGUCGGUCAGGUGAUGAUUAGCGGCUCGCACUACCACGAGAACAAGUACAUCGUGGUCGUGACUGACGGUCAUCCUCUCACUGGUUACAAAGAGCCAUGUGGCGGCGUGCAGGAGGCUGUUAACGAAGCCAGGCAACAUGGUGUCAAAGUCUUCUCUGUUGCCAUCACACCCGACCAGGAGGAAACCAGGCUGUCACUCAUUGCCACAAACCCAAAAUACAGACAGAACUUUACGGCUGCAGACGACACCAGAACCUCCAAGAUACAAACCAUUCGAACCAUCAUUAAUAUAAUCACCAACGAGACUAAGGAUACGUGUUGCUCUUACGACUGCACUGCUCCAGAUGGGUCUCCAGGAAAAAAGGGAGAUAUCGGCUCUAAGGGAGAAGCGGGUAGACCAGGGAUGCCAGGAGAGAAAGGAGAUGAUGGCUUCCCGGGAACUAUUGGAGAUCCUGGUCCUGCUGGUUACGGUGGGAUGAAGGGAGACCGCGGUGGCAAAGGAGGAAAGGGUGACAGAGGACACAAAGGCUUUAAGGGAGAUAAAGGUCAAAGGGGAAAUGAUGGCGUUGAUGGCUCCAAGGGUGAAGAUGGUUUCGCUGGUCUUCCUGGUUGUAAAGGAUCCCCCGGAUCGAACGGGAAGCAGGGAGAUCCUGGACCAAAGGGAGACGCUGGUCCGUAUGGACGGAAAGGAGGAAAAGGAGAUCCUGGAAAGGAUGGCGGACCAGGAAGGCCUGGGAGCAAUGGCCAGCCGGGACCUGAGGGGGAUAACGGCCGAGCUGGAAACAAAGGGGACAAAGGAGAGCGCGGUGAUGAUGGCCCACCUGGAGUCAACGGAAAUGACGGCGAAGCCGGAGAAAAUGGAGAGAAGGGCGAUCCGGGUUCUUCGGGAAACAGAGGUCCAAGAGGAGACCCGGGGGAUCCAGGGCCCCGUGGAGAGCAGGGGAGGGAGGGCUUAAAUGGCCCCAACGGUGAACCUGGCCAGGCUGGCAAGCCCGGACCUCCUGGCUACAGAGGAGAUGAAGGCCCACCCGGACCAGAAGGACCCAAAGGGCGGAGAGGAAUCAAAGGAUCUCCAGGAGACAGAGGCCAGAUGGGGGAGAGGGGAGAAGAUGGUCUGGCAGGUAAUGGAACGGCCGGUUGUCCUGGUUUCCAGGGUUAUCCUGGGUCCCGCGGACCACCUGGUGAGCCGGGUAGCCCGGGAACUCCUGGACCCAAAGGAGAUGACGGAGAUCCCGGAGAUCCAGGCCGCGAUAACAACCAACCAGGACCUCCAGGACCUGACGGACCAAAAGGUCACAGAGGACCAGAUGGCGAUCCAGGACCUCCUGGGCCUCCCGGACCACCAGGAACUGAUGAAUGUGAAGUCCUGGAUAUCAUCAUGAAGCUCUGCUCCUGUUGUGAGUGCAGGUGUGCGGCUAUGGACCUGACGUUCAUUGUGGACAGCUCAGAGAGUAUCGGUUCUGCAAACUUUGCUCUCGCCAAAGAAUUCAUCAUCACGGUCAUAGACAGACUGACCAAAGACCAGCAGCUGAAGUUUGCAACUAAUGAAUCCGGAUUGAGUGUAGUCCAGUACAGUGGAUCGCAAGCCCAAGAGGCCGUCAAAAUCACAGCCGCUGGCCUCAUUGAUUUCAAAGAGAGAGUGAGGAAAUUGAAUUGGCUGGCUGAGGCCACAUACACAGGCGAGGCCCUUGAAUACUCUCUGGCCGAAACAAUCAACCAAAUGAACCAUCCAAACAAAGUGGUUAUUGUUCUAACGGACGGACGUUCUGAUAUACUCAGGGACAGAGUUCCCCUCAACGUGCUCUGUGGUAAAGGUCUCCGGGUGGGGGGGGUAGGAGUGAAGGACUACGCAGGCACUGAACCUAACCGAGAGCAAAUUGGGGAAUUGAUCUGUGAGAACGACCCCAAACCAGGCUUUUACCUUGUCCGGGACAACUUUGCCGAGCUGCUAGACGACGUUUUCCUGCAGAACCUCACAGCCCAAAUCUGUCUCGAUAAGAAAUGCCCAGACUACAAAUGUCCCAUUUCUUUCUCUCAAAAUUCUGAGAUCAUGGUGAUGAUGGACAGCUCGGCAAGUGUUGGGAAGAACAACUUUGAGAUCACCAAGACCUUUGUCAGUCGCUUGGCCGAGCGCUUCCUGACUGCCGAGAAGGCGGGCGGGGUCACGGUCAAAAUGGGUGUGGGCCAAUACAGCUCAAGCGCCCGCAUGGAACAGGCGCUAACUGACAAAUUGGAGCUGCUGCACUCUCAAACCGAGAAAGCGGCCUUCCAAAACGACGGCACGGACGUGUUGGAGGCCAUGGAUUUUGCCACGAAGGCUUUUAGCGGGUUGAUCGACCGCGGGGACCGCGACGCCAGGCGCAGGAAGACGCUGGUUCUGUUCUCCGACGGCAGGUCUCAGGGCCUCACCAUGAGCUCGCUGGUGACCCGCGUUCGUCAGGUGGCGAACGGCGGCGUGGAUGUCUUUGUCGUCGCCGUUGGCAGCCAAGUCAAUGAGGCCAACCUGCUCGCGCUGGUGAGCAGGGGACGGCCGGACGACACCAUCUACGCCCAGCGCCACCUGUUCCGUGUCCCAGACUACAACUCCCUGCUCCGCGGGGUCUUCCACAAAAUAGUCUCCCGCCGGGUGUCCCUCCCCUGAAUGCAGAGUCCUGAACAACACAACCAACGCGCUUUAGAUUCUUAAUCCCAUGACGAAUAUUCAUUCUCACUCAUUUACCAAACACCAUGUUCACAUAUGCAAAGAAAGUUCGAGUCAUUUUCACAAAAUGACAAACGAUUUUGUGACCAUCAAAAGGAAAAUGUUUUACCUGUUUUACCUUUUUCCCUUAAUUGAGCUUCCAAGGCUGGUUAUAUCAGGCUGUGUACAAUCCCCACCUUCUCAGCUAAGAUCUUUGGGCUAUAACCCAAACGAUGGUGCUAUACCAAACAAUUUUGCUGCUGGUUGUAACAGUACACAACUGGAAGGUCAAUUUCAGGGUUAAAAAUGUAACAUGUCGAAAGGGGAGGCUUCAUCUGUGUUGAUGGUUUAAUCUGGACUCCCUUUUGUAGCUCUCACCACUUUUUCAAUUGGUGUCAGAUUUUUAGUAUUUUACAACGUAGGCAAAACCACUGUGAACGAAAAAAGGCGCAUGAUUGGCUCUUCCACAUUAUUUUAAGUUUGCAAAAGUCAGUUGGAAAAGCCAAAACUUUAUCCAACCUUUGACCAUCACCUCAAAGCUUCGUUAGAUCACCAAACUGACUGGGAAAACCAGAAAUGACAUCAUUCACAUUUCCAAACAAUCCAAUCCACACUCGACACCACAGCUGAACUCAACAUGUGUCAUUCCAGCCGAGUGUGUGUAUCUGUGUGUGUGUGUGUGUGUGUGAGCAGCUGUAGGUGUACAUCAAUUAAAUGCAUAGCAGUGUGUGGAAGAGGUUCUUUUUUGUGUAGCCUUGGGUAGUUGCUAUAAAUUGUGCCGGGGUCACUUGUUCAAAUUACAGAAUGGCGUAAACCUAUUCCUUCUUUGUGUAGAGCAGAGCAGUCACACACACACACACACACACACACACACACACACACACACUUAGGUGCCCCAUCACUGAAGUGGGAAAAAAUCUGCAUUGGUUGAAGGCUAAAAAAAAGCCAUCUACAGGAUUCAGGCUGUGAGGCCAUCACAUGCACACAAGCAAAACAGUUUGUGCCUUUUAUGAUCCCCACAACUGUCUCACACUUUUAGCUCCGUUGCCAUCCGUGACCUUGAGUGUAAUGUUGUUUAUUAACUGUGGUGUUUGUCUUAGUGUAUCGGCCUCUACCUAUGUUGUUAAAGAAGAAAGUUUACCUGAGGACACAAAAACUCAGCAGUAUUGUGAAAGCGCCUACAAUAAAGGUUGCUACACAUAUGUGCGUGUCGGCU